AUGAGCGAAGAGGACUGCUUAGAACUACAGGAAGACCUCGACAAGCUCCAGGAGUGGGCAGGCAAUUGGUUGCUAGAGUUCAACCCUAACAAGUGUAAGGUAAUGAGGAUAGGAAAUGAACACAUGACACCAGGGGGCGUCUACACCAUAAGGGAAGCCUCCACACACCCGCUGUCAGCCUCCACGCCCGCUGUCAGCCUCCACGCCCGCUGUCAGCCUCCACACCCGCUGUCAGCCUCCACACCCGCUGUCAGCCUCCACGCCCGCUGUCAGCCUCCACGCCCGCUGUCAGCCCCCACACCCGCCGUCAGCCUCCACGCCCGCCGUCAGCCUCCACGCCCGCCGUCAGCCUCCACGCCCGCCGUCAGCCUCCACGCCCGCCGUCAGCCUCCACGCCCGCCGUCAGCCUCCACGCCCGCCAGUCUUGACACCCCGAGCGGCACCGCUUCGCCCGGACCGCUCUGGUCCACCCGGUCCGGCUCCUGCCCCUCGCCCUGGAGCUCCCAGUCUGGUUCCUGCCCCUCGCCCUGGAGCUCCCAGUCUGGUUCCUGCCCCUCGCCCUGGAGCUCCUUGUCUGGUUCCUGCCCCUCGCCCUGGAGCUCCCACUCCGGUUCCAGCUCGGUCCAGGGCUCGCCCUGGAACUUCCAGUCCGGUUCCUGCCCCUCGCCCUGGAACUCACAGUCUGGUUCCUGCCCCUCGCCCUGGAGCUCCCAGUCCGGUUCCUGCCCCUCGCCCUGGAGCUCCCAGUCUGGUUCCUGCCCCUCGCCCUGGAGCUCCUAG